AUGACAACCGAAUCCAAAAAACGAACGAACAUUUCUGACGAAAGUCUUGAAAAAGACAUAAAAAGGAAGCCGAUCAAAGCUCGGAGAAACUCGCGGAAUGAAUUGGCCGUGUCUUUACGUGAACGAUCACCAGUAUCAUAUGAACAAACCAAUGAAAUAGACUCUAGAAAAGAACGUCGACGAAAAAAUGGUAAAUUUCGAAGAACGAAGGCUCAAAAGGUGAUCGCGAAAAACAUUUGUGAAGUUUUCUUUGAUCCAAAUUAUUGGAAAAUCGUUGACAUCAAA